AUGUUCACUAAAGUACUUUCUUUGAGCGCUGUAUUGGCAGUAGCUGCGGCCGGUCUUCUGGCUGACCCUCACUACUCCUCAGCUGCUGCGGUGUCGUCACAAAGCAUAGUUCGCCACGAUGAGUCUCAUAACGUAGCUGCCGCUCCAGUAGCCUACCACGCCUCACCAAUAGCAUACCACGCAGCACCUGUCGCGUACCAUGCUUCCCCAGUUCACUACUCUUCCGCCGCAGCUGUAUCUUCUCAAAGCAUCCAGCGCCACGAUCAACCUCACGCCUCUGUGGCCGUAGCUCCUGUUGCUCACUAUGUUGCUGCACCUGCUAGCCACUACGCAGCUGCACCUGUAAGCCACUACGCUGCUGCACCCGUAGCCCACUACGCCGCUGCCCCCGUAGCUCGCUAUGCUACCCCAGUACAUAGCAUCGUUUCCGCUCACGAAGAGGAGUACGCACAUCCUAAAUACGACUUCUCAUACUCUGUAGCUGACGGCCACACCGGCGAUAACAAGUCUCAACACGAAAGCCGCGACGGGGACGCUGUACAUGGCGAGUACUCUCUGCUCGAAGCUGACGGCUCAGUGCGCACAGUCCACUACACCGCUGACGCACACAACGGUUUCAACGCUGUGGUCAGCAACUCUGCACCCGCUAGACACGCCGCCCCCGCUGCAGCUCAUAUUCUCGCACAUCAUUAAUACAGAUAGCUUAAUUAACUAAUAAUUAAAUCAGUAACUUAUUUCAAAAGCUAUUGUUACUAAAAGUUAUUUAAAAUAAUGCAUAAAAUAAAAUUAAAU